UUGAGUGAUGGAAAAUUCUUCCAUAUUCGUUGUUGUGGGCAUAUAUUGAAUCUUAUUGUCCAAGAUGGGUUGAAAGUGAUAAGGGAUGGCAUCAGAUGUGUCAGAGAAAGUGUCAAAUAUGUGGAGGGAUCUGAAGGGAGAAAGAUUCAAUUUAGGGAGUGUGUUGAACAAGGUGGAAUGAAGUGUUCAAAAGGGUUGUGGCUUGAUGUACCAACAAGAUGGAAUUCAACUUUUAUGAUGCUUGACAGAGCAAUUUAUUAUCGCGAAGCCUUUGUGAAUUUAUCAAGGAUUGAUAAGUACUAUAAGGAUUGUCCAACACCGCUAGAUUGGGAGAAAAUGAUUGUACUGGCUAAUCUCUUGAGACCUUUUGAUGCAAUCACCAAGUUAUUCUCAGGUACCAAGUACCCAACAAUCAAUUUGUUUUUUGAGAAUGUUUGCCAGAUUCAUUUCCAAUUGAGACAACUUUCUACAAGCUAUGAUGGUGUUCUGCAAACUAUGGGGAAUGCGAUGAUGUCAAAGUUUGAGAAGUAUUGGGAGGAUUACAAUGCAGUGCUUGCUUUUGGUGUUAUUCUCGAUCCUCGUUGCAAGCUUGAUUUUGUUCAGUAUCUUUAUGGAAAAUUGGGUGGAGAUUACACUUCGAAAUGGAAGGAUAUUGGUGACCAACUAAAUAUGUUUUUUGAGGAGUACAAAAUUAGUUCUUCUUUGUCUUCCAUGUCAAGUGGCGGAAGCAGUACCUCAAGCACAAGGACUAGUUCAAGUUGGAGCAUGGAUAACUUCACUAGUGAUUUUGAUACUUUUAAUGUGAACAUGAAUACAUUAGGCAAGUCUGAAUUGCAAAUAUAUCUAGAAGAUCCAAGGGAACCUCGUAUGCUUGAAAAGGAUGUUGUUGAGUAUCUUAAUGAUCUUGAUGUCUUAAAUUAUUGGAAGGAGCAUCAAUAUCGUUACCCUCAACUCUCUCGAAUGGCAAAGGAUAUACUUGGUAUUCCUAUUACAUCAGUUGCUUCAGAGUCGUCUUUUAGCUUGGGAGGUAGAGUAUUAAACAAAUGGAGGAGUAGUAUGCUAAGUGACACCCUUGAAGCUGUAGUGACUACUCGCAAUUGGCUUUAUGGAUAUGAAUUUGAAGAAGAUGAAGAAGAUGCAGAAAGCAGAGGAGAAGAAGUGGAGCUUAUGCCGUGAUUGAUUGCCAGAUCCAAUCUCAUUUUGCUUUAGACAUUUUUAGUUUGAUGGAUACAGUUUCUAUUUACUAUUAUUUGGAGGAUGUUAAUUAGUAUGGAUUGUCGAUUCUUUUGGGAGU